CUUCACUAACAAAAAACUCAAAAACUUCUCUGAAAAUCUUUUCAAUUCAAAAAUGGGGUUCACUAGUUAUGCAGAAAUCUCCGAAUCUCUUCACCGUACUCGAAAAUUCUUCCUUUUAUGUAACUACAUUCUUCUUGGUGCAGCUUCCAGCUGCAUUUUCUUGACUCUUUCUCUUCGUCUUAUCCCCUCGUUAUGUGGUUUCUUCCUCAUCCUCCUCCACAUUAUCACUAUUGGGGGUGCUGUUUUUGGGUGCUCUGCUGUUUCUACUCGUUCGAGUAUGGGGAAUUGGUAUGGCCCUCAUAUGGUAUUUACAGUUUUGACAGCGAUUUUACAGGGCUCUGUUUUCGUGCUGAUAUUUACGAGAACAGGGGAUUUUCUUGGGAAAUUGAAAUCGUAUGUUAGGGAAGAAGAUGGUGAAAUGAUUUUGCGAUUAGCGGGUGGAUUGUGUGCAUUAAUCUUUUGUCUUGAAUGGGUUGUGCUUACAUUUGCUUUUUUCUUGAAAUAUUAUGCUUAUGUUGAAGGUGAUGGUAAUGUUGUUGGUGGAUCAAUUGCUAUGAAAAGAAGUGCUAAAGUUCAAGAUGAAGAAGAUAUCAAGAAUUGGCCAUGGCCUUUUCAAGUCUAAGUUGAUCUUUUCUUGGAGGUGAUUUGGGGGGUGUGGGGUAAAAGCUAUAUAUAUCAUAGCUUCUCAAUGAUUUGUUCA